AUGGCUUCGCAAUGGACAAUACAAAAACUUGUCACCUGGAGAGUCAAAGAUUGGGCUACCUGUUUCUUGGCUUCCAAGAUUCCUAUAGGUCUUCCUCUAUUCUAUAAUAAUUGUUAUUUUUAUAUUUUUGUUAUUUUACUGAUUAUAUACAUAUCAGACGUAGAUGAAGAUGGAAUUAGUAAUACCGGAAACACAGUUAAUAACAACAAUGUAACGUUCAAGAGAACAAAGAGGAAGAUGAAGAGUAAGAAGAAGAGAUCAGAGAGGAAACUCAGUCUAAGCCCACCAGGGACACGUCAUCAUCAUCUAAGAAGCAGCAGUGUUUCUCCCACGUCGGCGUCUCAGACCCGGCGGUUGAGCUUGCAGCAGCAGCCAACGACAUCUGACGAACCUGGCUUCAUUGUCUUCUGUUUUGACCGUGAAGAUGGAGGUUUUGACGUUGUUAAAGAGGGGAAAGAAAAGAGGAAGGAGGUGGAGUUGUGCUCAGAAAAGUCUCCGAGGACAGUGAAUCGUAAGCUUAUGUAUGGAGAUCAAGGGGAAGUAAAAACAGAGAAGGUUAACUCGCCGGAGAUUGAAGAAACAGAACAAGAUCAGGAGGAUAAGACUACAUGCCAAGAAACUAAAGAUGUUUCAUGUGAUGUUCAUGAUCAGAAGAACGAGGAAGAAGAGGAAGUUGAUGCCUCUGAUAAAUCUAGUGGGUCUAAUCACUCAGACGAAAGAAGGGGGUCCUUUGCAUUUCCCAUAUUGGGAGUUGAGUGGAUGGGGAGCCCUGUCCAGAUGCCUAAAACAGAUGACUGGUCUCCCAAGAAACAAAAGCCAAUUGCUUUAGGGUUUCAGUGUUGUAGAUUCUAAUAAGGGAGAAACACUCCAAAAGUCUUUAUGAGAUUCUUUUGUACUACUCUGUUUCUGAGUAAUAGAA